AGGGCGUCCGGAGAAACUUUUCGCAUGCGCAAUGAGAGAUCGCGCUCUAUUUAAUGUGGAGCUUUGCAGCUGCAGCCGCCGCUGAUCUGGCUGUGGGUAUAGUGCUGUUUAUGUGCACAGAGCUGCAGCAGCGUAACUGACUUGGUUAAAAUCAGAACCCCGCAGACCGUGGGGAAAGAUACAUGAAUGGCGACUCCGAAGUUGAGGCCACGGCAGACCUUGAGCAGACAUGACAUCAGUGUCAACCUCAUGAAUAAUGCACUUCAAUAUUUCAAGCGCAUUAACUCAAAAGUGUUUCUUAGAGGAAACACUCUUCUGCUCCAGCAUCUCAGUGCAUUAGAGACUUUUGGACUGCAACAUGGAAUCCCUGCAGAUGGCAUAGAUAUUCUGGUCCGACAAGCUCUAAGUGGCAACUUAGCGGAAAGUGUGAGCAUCCGUAUUCUAAAGUGCCUGCUUCCUGCUACAGGAGUUCUGCAAGACAGUGUCAUUGCUGCUGUGUCUUUGUUUUGCACAGGAAAAAGUUCCUCCAGUACUCGGAUCUUUUUUAUUCGCUGGCUGACCUCUGUGUACGAUUUAAUUCAAUGUAAAGACAUCCUCUCUUCACUCUACAAUUUUUUCUUCUGUUUCAUACAGGAUGACAAAUUGUGUCCGUCGUUAUGUCACUUGCUGUAUCUGGUCACCAGAAUGGAGCAUGUGCGGGCCUACAGAGUACGAAUUCUACUCGAACUUCAAAGCAGAAAGGGAUUGCAACCUCACAUUCUUGGCCUGCUUUCCUUAUAUAAAGUUUUCUGUCCUGAGCUGGUCUCUCUUACUUUACCUGGAAAAAUUAAGGUGUACUUUAAAACUUCUAGCUUGCUGUUUACCUCUGAGCUGAAAGCGAUUGCCAAGAGGAAUGCAGGUGAUCCUGUUGGCGAUAAUAAGUUGGGUCUUUGCACACCAUCUCGUAAAAGGAAGUGGAAUAGUAAUACAGUCGUACCCAUAUGCAGCAGUUUUAGUUGGGACCAGAAGUCUUCCAGUGCUUAUAGAGACUACUUGUCCAAAAAUCCAACUUUGCCUGUUGAGAAAAUUCAGACACUUUCGCAACUACUGGAAAACAUCAUGACAUUUGAGCUCCCAGCUCAGAUGGGCUGCAUCCUUAAUAAUUCAGUGCUGCCGCAUUACGUCAGCUGUGCUAGAGAAGACGACUCCUUGUUGCGGUUAAACUUCUGGCUGGCAUUUACCAUGCAUGAAGAAUGUGCAUGGUACACAGGGAAGAAACACAUUAAGGAAGAAGUGGAGUCCUUUCUAAGCAAUGUUAUGAACAUGCAGGAGUUUCUACAGGAAGGACUAUCAGGCAGUGAGGAUUUCCUUUAUAAGUGUCUUCCACACUGGAAUGGGAAUUACCGCUCCCAAAUAUUGAGCCUCCUCAGCUGGAUUUCACCUUUCUCCUGUACAGAAUUUGAGAAUAUAUUUUUUGAAACGCUGGUCCAGCUCUUUGCCUCCUCAUCAUUAUAUUUUAAACUUGAUGUGUUAAAGAUGCUGAAAAAACUUUUGCAAAACUGGUUGAUCAGACAUUCAGUCUCCGUGGAACUCGGCAUUGCAAACAACGAUGACACGUCAGGCUUGAUGACCUCUGUGGAUAAUAUCAUCCAGUUCACAACCCAGCUAGGCAUUCUGGGCCUCGACAUGCAUGAUAGUCCCCUAAUCCUCCACUUCAUCCUGGACUUCUAUGCAUUGGUCUGUGAUAUAUAUGUGCGAUUUUCUUUGCCCCUGAUUGUUCUUCCUCCUGCACGAGUGUUCUACACUGCACUUCUCUGUACAGAUGCUGUGAACCUUAAUCAGCUCUGUUACAUUAUGUACAGGUACAGAGAGAAUCUCUUGACAGCAAAAAGAACAGAGAGGCAGAAUACUGGCAAUGUACCAUUUCCUGUCAGCAAACAGACAUUUGAGGAGUAUAACCAAUACCUGAGUACCAUGGUGGGGUGCCUGUGGACAUCACAAGCUUUGCAAUACGAUACUCAUCCACAAGGAAUCAAGCUUGCACCUGAAGUGCUUGAAAAUGCUGGUGUCCCUCUCAAUAAGAAGCGUUUCAACAUUGUAUUCCAUCCUGCAUUAAUGGGUUUCGCUGCUUUUUUUAUACGGGAGAGGUUUCCGCAAGAGAAUAUGUUUCAGCUUAAUGUUCUCCAGGGCAAAUACUGGGAUGAAUACAUAGAUUCUCUCUACAAUAAAGGACUUUGUGGUCUUAAACUGUUCAUAGAAAGUAGUGUGAAUCGAGUCAGCUCUAAAAAGAAACAGGAGGAUGAGCUCCCGUCACAGUCUUCACACGUAUAAUGAUUCUGUGUAACACUACCAAUCUGAGCUAUACACGGACCUGAACCGAUGGAGUAAACAUUUUUUGUUCCCAAAGUCUUAGCUUUUUUUUUUUUUUUUUGUGGUUGCGUGCAGAGAUGGUUCAAUGCUGCAUUAGUUUGUGAUGCAUAUAUUGUUUCCCAGUGUACAAACAAGUUGUUCAUCUUCCUGUAAACCCUGUUAUGUUUAAGAUUUCUUUAGAUUAAGUAUUACAAAUCUGUAUUAUACAGGGAAGGCAAUCAUUUUAUGGGCAGAAGCAAUAAGCAAAGAUUGCACGCCUUCCCCCUAGGAACCACUGUAGGCCUUAUACUGUAUGUGGUAUGGAUAGUCUGCUUAUUCAUAAUUCAGCCAACAAAAUCAUUACCUUAUCUGUGCGCUCCUUAAUAUAUGAGCAAAUUUAAUUUUUCUAAAUAGUUUUUUUUUUUUUUCACAAAAGCAGAUUUGUUGCUGUUGCAUAUGUUUUAUUUAGACCUGUACAAGAAGUAAAAUGUCUGUUUUUUGUGAAUAAUAAAUGCUUUGAGCAUUUUCAUAUAACCAAUA